AUGGCGGCGUCACCAGCAAGAGAUGAGUCAAGGUCAAGUUAUUCCCUGCCCUCAGCUUCGCCUCAGAGGGCUCCUCGAGCUGUCAAGUUUCUCCCAGAGACUCACGCUGUUCCCAUUGAAAGCUCCUGGAACACCAGCGGACUUUGUCAAGUAAGGAUGGAAGAGAAAUUGUUCCAGACCUUCCCUGGCGACCGAGUCACAGAUUCCAUGCUUGGUGAGGCCGCAAAACUCUUUAACGAGAACUACGGUAUCUGGGGGAAGCUCUCACACAGCCCAGGAAAACCCGUCCGGCUCAGCGCGCAUCGUCUGCGGGAGCAAUACUUGCCCGACCACGCUACUACAAGCUACGUGCGGGUGGCCGUGGAUGGGAAUCUUGCUGGAAAUGCUUUCGCGUGCCGUUGGAAACACGGUGGGAAGAACAUCUGCUGGGUUACUCAGUUGGUUGUUGACCGUAGAUUCCGUGAGCGUGGACUUGCGACCGCACUGUUGAGGUUCAUUUGUGCCGAUACGGAUGAUAUGUACGGCAUCAUGAGCUCGCAUCCGGCUGCGUGCAUGGCAGCCGCGUCAUCUUACGGGAGGGGUAUCGAAAAAGCGCCGUUGGGUUUAGUCGAAGCGAACGCCAAAGCAGUCUUGGAAGCUUCGCCAAUACCUUAUAUAAAAAAUGCAAGGUUGUGCGGCUCCCUCUUCAAUCCCGAAGAUUCAACAGGGCUCGUUUGCGGGGUCGACACUGGAUUCUUUGUGGAUCACAAGGAAACCCUGGAGGUUGUAGAAGUGGUCCGUCAAGAUUUGCAGUGGCCACUCGGGGAUUUGCCAGAGGACCAUGAAUAUCUCUUGAUUCUGCCCGGCAAAAAACGCAGAUCGAGGUCGUCCUCGUCAUCCCAAUCCAAGGGAGACGUUAUACCGACCCACUAG